UUUGGAUGAAGCUUUUUCGACGAGCCAUUCGUGUGUAGUGAUUGGAGUUGUUAUAGAAUACAAUAGACUUAAAGCUUAUUAGUUUGUAAAGGUAACUGAUUUGUUCCCUUGGUCUGCAAGUUCCAACAUAUUGAUUGAAGAUUGCAGGCUAACUCUGAACAUGGUAGGCACAAGGGUAUAUGUCGGAGGACUUCCAUAUGGUGUCAGGCAGAAGGACCUCGAACGAUUUUUCAAAGGUUAUGGUCGAAUUCGUGAAAUUCUCCUCAAGAAUGGCUAUGGAUUUUGUGAAUUUGAUGAUUACCGUGAUGCUGAUGAUGCUGUGUACGAAUUGAAUGGAAAGGAAUUGCUUGGAGAAAGAGUCUCUGUAGAGAAAGCGCGUGGUACACCGCGCGGGAGUGACAUGUGGCGAGAUUGGAGUAGAAGUCGAGGCCCUCCCCCGCGAAGGCGGAGCCGCGAUCGGGCCAAGGAUAUGGAUGUCUAUUAUCAUGACAGGUAUGGACCACCAACAAGAACUGAGUAUCGCUUGAUUGUGGAAAAUCUUUCUAGCAGAAUAAGCUGGCAGGAUCUGAAGGAUUUUAUGAGACAGGCUGGAGAAGUUACAUACGCUGAUGCUCACAAACAGCGUCGAAAUGAAGGGGUGGUCGAGUUUGCGUCAUAUUCUGACAUGAGGAAUGCACUUCAAAAGUUAGAUGACACGGAACUUAAUGGCCGUCGUAUCCGUCUAAUUGAAGAUACACAUUCGAGUAGAGGCAGACGGUCCCGUUCGUCUAGUUCGCGGUCUAGGUCUCCUUCGCGUUCCAGAUCACGUCGUCGCAGCAGGACUCGUUCAAGAUCCAGGAGCCGUGGUAGUCGUUCAAGGAGUCAUUCUAAAUCGAAGUCUGUUGGUCGUUACAAAUCGCCAUCUCGUUCAAAGUCAAGAUCACGCUCAAAAUCAAAGUCCCGGUCAAAGUCAAGAUCACGCUCAAAAUCGGAGGAGCGGUUUGAUGUAAAGGCAAAAUCGCGGUCACCUUCAAGCUCGGGGUCUCGUUCAGAGACUAGACAGAGAUCCAAAUCAAGAUCUUUAUCGAGACCAGAGAUGGAGGAGAUGGAUGGUGAGUCUGGUGAGAAGUCUCCUUCAAGAUCACCCAGCAGGGAUGGGAGCAAAUCGCCUAAGUCCACCCGUGGGUCUGAAUCCCCCAAGAGAAGUGGUUCAGAAUCACCUGAUGAAAAAGCCGAUGAUGAGUAAGAGUUCAUUGCUGGUGUUCUCUUGUGGAGGAUGACAGUGCAGAUAGAGACUGUAAAUUUAUAUUCAGUAUUGGAUAUUGAAAAUCUGAAUAUUCCAGAAAAAAUUCCGCCUGUGAAAAUAAAGUUCCAGUGAGUGAUGUGCAAGUGCACACAGGGGAAGGUAAUUAAAACAAAAAUGACAUUAGGUAACCCUGGAGUGAGUACUGUACACAAAAGGGUACAAAAUGUGGUGUUUCUUGUGUAGUAUGUGAGCUCUGAACUGUUUCAAAGUUUGGCGUUCAGAAUUUCCCACUGCAAGUAAAUAUUCAUCAUGCAAGAGUGAACAGUGUUUUUACACAUCUAAGUGGUUUGUAAAAAUGACUUAAAAACAAGGAUAGCCAGAAACAGUUCCUCUCAUGUAAGGCCGAUCUUAAUGCUAAAAGAGAGAGAGAGAGAGAGAGAGAGAGAGAGAGAGAGAGAGAGAGAGAGAGAGAGAGAAUUUUACAAUAGAUAGUAUACUGCUUGGUCCUUUGCCCUGUUAUGUGUGAGCCCAAAAUAACUAAUUCUAGAAGCAUUCAACAUUAAAACAUUUACCUACUUCCUAAGUACAGGAAAAAUGUGCAGCAAGAAUGGCACUAUACAGGGUGUUUCAAAAUGAACAUACUGAUUUUAAGGCGAUAUAGCAUUUAUUACGUUCAACUUACAAUUGUGAAUAAUACACAAAAUGAAAGAGCAACUCCCAAACAAUUUUAUUUGUACACCUGUGCGCAAUGGGAAGAGUAUGGAAUGACAGAGUGACUGAACAUCGUGUUGAACGAGUGCGAGACUUUCACACUUACAAGGGGAGGCCGCCAAUUGUGAAAUUCAGAUUCGAUUCAUACUGCGCAUUAAUAAAAGCUCAUGGCCAGAGGUGUAAUGUGGCAAAGCACCAAGAUGCGCUU